AUGGCGAUGCUGGCGCUCCUCGCGCGCCCGCGCGAGCUGGUGGCGCAGGUGCAUGCUGCGCUCGCGUCCCAAGUGCACGCGUGGGACGAGGCCUUCCGCGAUCCCGCGACGCGCCAGCGGUGCUGGUGGCCCGAGUGGAUCGCGGCGUAUGUGCCGCUGCUGGUGUGGGUGGGCGUCAGUGUGCUGAGCACGACGCUGGUCAUGCUCUUCCACACGCAGGUGUUCCAUGGGCUGCAUGCGCUCUCGCUGCAUCUCCGCUCGCUCGGGCUGCUCGGGCGCGUGCUGUUCGGCCUCAUGGUGUUCGCGACGACGUUCCCGCCCCUGCCACUGUACUCGACGCUGAUCGUGCUGUCGGGCUUUGCGUUUGGCGCGUGGCAGGGCUUUGUGGUGAGCUACAUCGCGGCGCUGUCGGGCGCAGCGAUGGUGUUUGUGCUGAGCCGCACCUGGCUGCGGCCCUGGAUGGUGCGCCUGCUGAUGCACGCAGGGCCGCUGAAGCGCGUCCCGCGCCUGCUGUUCCUCGUGCGCCUCGCGCCGUAUCCCUACAACCUGCUCAACACGCUGCUGGCCAGCUCGCAUGUGCUCACGCUCCGCACCUACCUCGUGUGCACGGCCAUGGCGCUGCCGAAGCUGCUCGUGCACACGAACCUUGGCGCGUCGAUCCAAAACUUUGCCACCUAUCAGGCGUCGUCCACGCACAACGACUCGUCGCGCGCCGACCAGCUUCGGCAGCUCGCGGGCGGCGCGGGGCUCGUGCUGUGCGUGGCCCUCCUUCUGUAUUUGUACUCGGUCGCCCGCGACGCGGUCGACAGCCUGGACGACGAGAGCGACGACAUACUUGACGACGACGUGGACAGCGCGCCGCUGCGGCACUCAGCGUGCUCGCCCCUGGGGUCCGCGCCGCUGCGGCGCGGCACGCCCCUCGAGGCGCGCGGCGAGCCCUGGCUAUGGCGCGAGUCGCCCCUCCCGAGCGAGGCGCCCCUCCUCCCGGGCGCGGUGGCGGACCUCGAACGCGCGGCAGAAGAUCACAUGAACUAG